CCUGUACCAGAGCAAGCCCUGGAAAUACUGAAACGGCUUUUAUAGGGCUUCUAAGGGAAAGUACAGGAUGACAGGUUGUCGGUCAAACUGAGCAAUCUGACUCUUCUAGAACCAUGGAUCUCAAACUGAGGUACAAGUGUGACUACUUUUACUUUGGCAGCCUUGACAGGUACUGAGGAGAAAUUUUGCUGCUACCAUUUACGAUGUAAACAGAGUAAAGAUUCCACUGUAAGUUGAACCAUAAUGUAAAUGCUAAUAAGCAAAAGAGAUUCAUUUUUCAAGCAUACUGACCUUUGGAACAGUGCAAGUGCAGAGUAAAACAUUUUAAUCACUGGGAGUGGACGACUGUGAACCAGGAAGCAUGUUGCUGCUAUAUUAGACUUUGAGAUCUGAAUUGGGGAAAAGGAAAUAUUUUCUCAGAGUUCAGAUUUUUGACAAAAUUUCACAAUGUAGUGAAUAGAAACAUGUAUUUUGUUCUUUUUUAUAUAUAUAUAUAAUGAAACACAACAAAAUGGAAACAAUAAAUGUAAAUUGGCUGUUUCAGCAUCAAAAGAAGCUCCAGGACCUGACAAUGUCCUGACCUGAAGAAAACUGGGAAUCUGUUGAAAAAUAACAUUCACAGACACCAUUUUGAAAAGGAAAAGAAGCAGCAGACUCUUAUAGUUCGCCCAAGAGGCUUGCAGCUGUAAUUCCAGUGAAAGGUGGUAAAAACAAUGUAUUGCUAAAAUGGCUAUUUACAAAAACACGCCCCUGUUUUGUGUGUCCUGUCUUAAAGCUAGACGCGAGAGACGGAUGAUUGCACAGCCGGAAGAUGAUGGAAGACGAUAACAAUAAGAGACUGAGUAGGAUAACUACAACUUAUCUUGAUGGGAAAUUUGGUACGGAUGUCAAGUUCAGUACAAUAUCCAAACAUGACCCACAGCUGCGACCUGCAAUGCCUCGGCCCCAUGACCUUCCAUCCUAAGACUGUGGGACACAAGAUCCGUCUGAGCGAGGGCGGUCGGCGUGCCCAGAGAGCUGAAGACACUUUCAAAGGUGGUGUGGUUUUCACCAGCCGGCCUGUGAGGACCCACGAGAAGAUCCGGGUGCUGGUGGAGAAGCACAUGUUACACUGGCAAGGAGCCAUGCGUGUGGGCUUCACCAACGUUCCUCCAUUACCCAGAUCUUUGCCUCUGCCCCCGUUUUCUAUGCCCAACCUCACCCAAACCUCGGGCCACUGGGCUGCUCCUGUGCAUGAGUCCUACUGUCAGGAAGGUUCAGUGCUGGAAUUCUGGGUCUCUGAUGAUGGAUACAUAUAUUAUAAGAACAAUGGCAAUAAACAAAAGCUACCAGUGGAUGUGGACGUCAGAAAGCCUCUCUGGGCCAUGAUUGAUGUCUACGGUCAGACGUGCUCCAUCUUCCUUCUAGGCUCAGAGAAAAAGGAUUUGCUUUUCAAAAGAACAUCUUGUCCUGCACUUGAACCUCUGAUCAGACGACCCUCCAGUCUCAAACCUGAUUCUACGACACAUAGGGAAAAAUCUGAUGACUGUAUCUCCUGCCGAACCAAAGAAAUCCCAGCAGACAACCGCUGUGUGGUGUGUAUGACGCGAGAGGCUGACAUCACGCUGCCCUGUGCUCACCGCUGUCUCUGCCUCGGCUGCACCUCCAGAGUCCUGGUGCAGUUUGGCACCUGUCCACUGUGUCGAGUGAAGAUUGACACUGGAGUGACGUUUAAAGGCAGCAUGAUCUCCAAAACUGGACACAGCUAGCAUCAAACUGAAACUACUGUAAGACUGUAUUUUGACUGCAACCAAGAAAACAUUAUGAACUUCACCUUUUGACUGAGGAGUAGCCAAGUUCAAGAGAACAGAACAUAUGAAGAUGCAAAAAAAAAAA